ACCCGUCCCACCAAGAAUAAUUUUCGAACCCCUUCCCCAAAGUUGAUUUCUGCUCCGAGAAAUAGAUGAUGGAACAUUCGGCUAUUCAACCUCAGCGUCGUUGCACGUGUGCCAGCAGCUGGCAAAUUUACUUUCGUGAUUGGCUGUAUGGCAGUGAAGCAGUACUUCUCACAAAUACGAGCCUACUUCUCUACAAUGGACGACAUCGUGGUACUAAGCAACACACUGCAAAACAAGUUGCUCCAGUCGAAUACCAGAUGAUUGGUACAGGAGAGGAUUCGAGUUCGUCAUGUGGGAGGCCUUCUUUGCCGCCAUUUUGCUAGUGCUAGGUUUACUAGCAAUUCUAUUCCUAGGACAUCACAGGUGGGAAAACUCGUCGUACGUGAAAACUAUUGAUCGGAUUCCAGGACCGAAAAAGAAGCCAAUUUUUGGAAAUGCCACAGCUCUACCUAAGGAGAUAGACGAAAUCAUGCAAACAAUUCAAGGCAAGUGGGUGCGACAGUUUGGCCGUAUUUAUCGCAACUGGCUUGGAUUUCGACCUUUCGUACAGAUAUCAUCGCCUAUUUUCAUGGAGAAAAUUUUGGCGAGUCAGACCUUCAUCGAAAAAAGUACGUCUUACAACAUUCUCAGACCGUGGCUCGGUGGAGGGCUCUUGCUGGCUUCCGGGGACAGGUGGAGAAAGAACCGUCGGCUUUUGACACCGGCAUUUCACUUUCAAAUCCUCGACAACUUUUUUGAUGUUUUCAACAAAAAUGCCGACAUUCUCUGCCAGCAAUUAGCCAAGGCCUCUAUCUCGAACAAAGGGCAGUUCACUGAAGAAAUUGACGUUUUUCCUUUUUUGAAAAAAUGUACACUCGACAUAAUCUGCGAAGCUGCUAUGGGCAUUAAAAUCAAUGCACAAUUGGAAGAUACGCAAUACAUUCGAGACGUUCACAGGAUAUCGGAGAUUGUUGUCGAGAGGUUCUUCUCCUCGAGUAAUUUUCUGCCCGACUGGCUGUAUCAUUGGACGCCACAUGGAAGGGAACACACGAAAAUAUUGGAACGUUUACACGGUUUUACGUCUAAGGUUAUCCAAGAAAGAAAACAGGAAAUUGCUCAAGGGCGACUGGAAGGGGACGUAAAUGGCGAGGAUUUAGGAGGACUUAAGAAGAGAAGAGCUUUUCUGGAUCUGAUUCUUAUGGCUGUUAAGGGUGGAGUGGAGCUUAGUGACGUCGACAUCCGCAACGAAGUCGAUACUUUCAUGUUUGAGGGUCACGAUACUACUGCUGCUGCCCUCGUGUGGCUCCUUUAUUGUAUGGCUACGAAUCCAGGGCAUCAGGAGUUAGUACGGCAAGAAUUAGAUGAGGUAUUUGGAGAUUCAGAUCGUUCUUGUACGAUUGAAGAUGCAAACAAGUUGAAGUACCUCGAAUGCUGUAUCAAAGAAUCGCUUCGACUAUAUCCUGCCGUGCCGAACAUAAUUAGGUACGUCGUCGAGGAUUUUGAGUUGGGGGGAUACAAAAUCCCUGCCGGGGCUUCCGUUUCCAUGCAAAUUUACGCACUGCACAGGAACGAAGAUUAUUUUAGUGAUCCCCAUUCUUUCAAACCGGAACGUUUCCAGGCGGAUGAAAGUAUUGGGAGACAUUCGUAUGCUUUCGUCCCGUUUAGCGCUGGACCCAGAAACUGCAUAGGUCAGAGGUUUGCUAUGUUUGAAGAGAAGGUUCUUGCUUCGUCUAUGCUACGUCGUUUCCGGUUUUCCUACGAUAUGGCUAAACAUGGAUCACCCAGGGCAAACGCUGAGUUAGUAUUGAGACCUAAGAAAGGCAUGCAGCUGAUGCUCGCUUGUUCACGAUGAAUUAAAAGUGUAAUUGCUAGUUAAAGCUUGUUCCUUGAUACUAGUCUUUGUUUCUGGGUAAAGAAGCAUUUGUAAUGUAGGGGUCAAUUAUAAUCAUAGGUUCUGUAAUGGCGAUUGGUUUUAAAAUCAUAGGAAAGAACACUUUGUUGUAAUUGCAUAGUUUUGAUCUAUAGCGUGCAAAAUAUAGCCAAGGGUGUCAACAUCAA